AUGGAUCUGAGCAGAACGACUGCAUUCCUGCUCUUCAUGGUGGCCUGUGUGAGCUGUGUUACAGGUGAAAAAUUGCCUACACCAGAGAAUUUGCAAGUGAAUAUUUUGGAUGGAGAAGUUAUUGUACUCUGGAACAAACCUACUGGUGCCUCCUCUGAUGUGCUGUACAAUGUUCAGUUUGGACACUAUGCAGGAGAGUGGAAACCUGUCAAGAAGUGCACAAACAUAUCUAAAACUUUUUGUGACCUUAGCAACUUAAUAGAAGAUUAUCUGGGAAGCUACAAAGUGCGAGUGCAGUUGGAGGAAAGCGGCGUCCACUCCGAGUGGACACCCAAAAAGAAAAUCCUUCCUAAUUUAAGUGAGUUGCAGCCCCCUUCUUUCACUAUGUGGGCUACUUCGAGCACGCUUACCAUCAACAUUCACAAAAAGCCUGUUCUGAGAAAGAUUUUUCUAUUUGGGAUCACAUAUACUAUCUAUUUGGUAGAGAAACAACAAAAUAAGUCCACAAUUUCAUAUCUCAAAGACGACAUUUGGGACCACCCAAAGAACAAAGUGUUUCACUCUUUGCACUGGGGAAAGGAAUACUGUGUCACCAUCAAAGUGGAGGGAAAUACAGGAAUGGCCAGUAGUGUGUCACCCCAACAAUGUGUUCUAUUACCAGAGCAAGAAUGGAUCAUAAUUGCAGUUACAUCACUGACUGUGGUGGGCAUUAUGAUUAUAACUGCAUUUAUCAGCGCUUUCAUAUUCUGUUAUGUAAAACGGCCAGUGAAGACGCCUGCUGCCCUUAAAUCACCGGCUAACUUUUGGCGUCCACUAUCCAUCAGAGAGGUCACUGUGGAAGUCGUUACAGACAAGGGUUGGUUCAUGUCCAGUGCCAGAACAGAAUGGAAUAGUGUUUUCCUCAAUCUGCCUACAACUUUUAUGAUGGAUCAGCAAAAUACUGAAGAGGAGAGAAGGCCGAGCACCGACAGCGGGGUCAGCAUGAAGUCCCCCUCAGAUGGCAGGCGAGAAGACAGCGGAUGUGGCAGCGUAGGGGGGCAAGACGCUAUGUGCAAUUACCCCACUCAGCAUGAUCGAAGUGAUGGAAAGUCGCUGGACAGUGGGCUAGGACUCAAAUGCCACUCUGAUACCUCCUCACUAAUUAUUGAUGAUCAAGACAGUGAAUGUUUAAACAAGUCUGGAAAGAAAGGCUUCCAGAACCACUAA